GUCUGGUUGUAAGCUGCCAAAUGUGGAUCCACUGCCACCAAGACCUUUGAUUGCCUUACAAGAAGCAAAAUCUUUCUGCUGGAAGCAAUAAUGGCAGAGGUUAUAGAAGACAAGGAAUACCAAAAAGGUUAGUGAGAUGGGAAGGAUUUUGCAUGGCUACCAUGAAGACUCAGUGAGGCAGUAACCAAUAGAACUCUUGGGGGGAGAACAGUGGACAGUUAAAACUAAGGCAGAGAGUAAAAGCCUCAAUUGCUGAAACCAGCAACUAUUCAAGGCUUGUUCUCUCCUCUCAGCCCUCAGCCUUUUCUUCUCUGCUGCUGUCUAUGUCCAAAUUCCCAGAUAAAACCCAUACAAAACCCUCCACGUCCUCUCUGUUGUCUCUCAGCCAAAGAGAGAAACUGCUGAGUGUUCAGAAUAAGAAUUCGAGAUGAGACUGUGAACCGGAAAAGUGGGAAUCUUGGGUUUCAUCUCUGUUCCGACGGUCUGUUCCUGAUUGCCAAAGGUCUUUAACUCCAGUAUAUGGUGUUUCCUGCGCCAGAAUUUGUGAGCCUUGUCCUCCGCACCCCCUCUCCUCGCCUCCAUCUCCACAGCCAGGUCCCCAAAAUCCAAGCUUUGUCUUGCCAUGGAUCGCAGAGACUCAUCCAAGCAGCCACAAGAGGCCCCCAGGUUCCACCAGGCCCUGGGCCUCCGACAGGCAGAGAAAGGAGAAGCCACCACGGCCUCUGCAGCAGCAGAAAGCAGAGAUCUUUUGCCUUCCACGGUCUCGGUGAAGGAGAGGUGGUCGCAGGUGGUGGCAGCAGAGGAGGAUGAGCAAAGGAGGCAGCUUGCGCCGAAGAGGAGUUCCAACAAGGACAGGCACACGAAGGUGGAGGGCAGGGGGAGAAGGAUCAGGAUGCCUGCCCUGUGCGCCGCCAGGAUCUUUCAGCUCACCAGGGAAUUAGGCCACAAGUCCGACGGGGAGACCAUCCAGUGGCUCCUCCAGCAGGCAGAGUCGUCCAUCAUCGCCGCCACAGGCACAGGCACCGUCCCGUCCUCGGCCCUCGCCUCCGCCGCCGUGGCUGGUUCCACGUCCCGCCCGGGCGCCUCCAUCCCCGCCGGCCUCCACCGCAGGCUUGAUGAGCUGGGACAGGCCCGGCCUAAUUGGCCCAUGCUGGCGGCCGCUAACUUCGGCCCGCCCCUCCCGGGCUUGUUGCUGCCGCCUGGUGUGCUCGAUUCCGGAUUCAUGGCUUCCAGUUCGAGCUUUGGGACUGGCAAUGGACCGAUGGGCAGCUUCCUGCAGAGAGUUGGCAUGCACGGGAUGGACUUGCCUGGUGCCGACGUCGGUGCGAUGAGCUUCGUGUCGAUGCUGGCGCCGCACGGGCAGCAGUCGCCGGGACUGGAGUUGGGGCUCUCGCAGGAUGGCCACGGUGGGGAGUUCCAUCCGCAGGCCACGUACCAGUUGUUUCCGCAGAUUGGGCGUGCAAGGGGCGGAGCAGGUUCCAGUGAAGGUGGGCAGUUGCGGCACCAUCAGCAGCAGCAACAGCAGCAAGCUUUUCCAACACAGGAUGAUUCACAAGAGUGAGAACAAUGACUGGAAUUCUUGUAGAAAACUUUAGGAGAUCAAAAGGAUGGAACUUGCAAUCUUAACCCAAAGAGAUCAAAGUUUGUUUUCAUUACCUCGAUCUUUGAAGAGUUUUCCUUCUUGAAUAACUUUGAAUUAAAUUGGGUUUUUCUGGGGGAAAAGAAUGCAUGCAGUGUUCUACUCAAAUAUGAAACUGCAGUAGUUAACCUUUGGACCU